AGGGAGAGAAAGAAAUACUUUGGAAGACAAAAUUUCUGCUGACUUUCCAAGUGACCAUGAAAACCGCCAUCCAAGCCUCACUUAUAUUCCUUUUAGUAACUAUUUCAGAAUGUGCGGUGAUCACUGGGGCCUGUGAAAGAGAUCUGCAGUGUGGGGCCGGCACCUGCUGCGCCAUCAGUCUGUGGCUCCGAGGGCUCCGCAUGUGUACCCCCCUGGGACAGGAGGGAGACGAAUGUCACCCGCUCAGCCACAAGGUCCCUUUCUUUGGGAAACGCCAACACCAUACCUGCCCCUGCUUGCCGAAUUUGCUGUGCUCCAGAUUCAUAGAUGGCAGAUACCGGUGUUCAGUGGACUUCAAGAACAUAGACUUUUAGGAAUUAAUCUAUUCCAAGACCCCCAUGCUGCCUCUCAAACACAUCUAUGCCCCUCUCCUGCUCUUCAACAAUCCCUUUUUCCCCCCAAGCAGCACCCAUGGUCAAUGUGAAAGCCUCCUCCCUGUAGAGAACACAUUUUUGGCCAUUUGAUGGGUUUCAUGAAGAGUCCCCAUUGCCAAAUCUUUAGUGGACUAAUUCUCUACCCCCUUUUUUUGGCUAGGGAUGCUAAUGCUACCUGACCAGAAAAUUAAGUAUUGAUGUGAUGUUAAGUUGGGCCAUUUCUGUUUUCCCCCUGUGUAACAGCAUCUCUAGUAGAAAUCUCCAGGUAAAAACUGUAUUGAGAGAUAUGUAAAUGUUGCUUUUUUUUUUUUUAUCUAAUCUUCUUCAAAAAUAAAGCUUUCCCCCAAUACUAGUUCUUAACCUCCUUUCCCAUUCUCUCCACUAGAAUAUUCUUUUUUAUAUAUAGAAACUUGAAUUCUGCCAACUUAUAGUUUCUGCCAAUACCACCCAAAUAUCCACUCUUUCUAACCCAUUCUGGAGAACAAGUCUCAGAAUCACAGAUUUUUCUCUGUUGCCAUUUACUUGGCUUAGGACACUAAAUCCUUUGUCUAAGGAAAAACACUUGUGUCAAGCCCUACUAGUCAGUUGUUUUUUAGGAAGGAAGGAGUUUGAUUAAUGUAACAUAAUUAAAAAUAAACAUCAUUCUGAAUUGCCCCUACAAAAUAUGAUUUGGGGGAAUCUGAGAACACUGAUCCUCUCCCCUCCCUCCCAUUCUCUGAUAACUAGUUAGAUGACCUUGAACAAAAUUAUUUCAUUUCAGAAUGGUAAGAGUUGAAAUGCCAUCUAAUGCAGGCCUCUUAUUUACUUUUCCAGCUUUGUUUCCUUAUUUGAACUGGAUGAUUUCAAAUUCUUCUCUAGCUGGGAAAUUCUGAUUCUUGAAUUCUCUGCUUCUUUGCCCUUGCAGGAAUUUUACUAUUAACGCUUCAUUCUUUUGGAUUAGUUGAACUUCUGAAAAAAAUAAUCCCAUCCUUACAAGUAGCUAAUAUUUUAAAUAGUUACCUUAAAGUAAGUGUUUAGCAGGUACAUUCCAAGUGAUCUCUAACUGGGAGGUUUUGAAAGUGCAGAGUGGAGGAAGGAAAGAAUGUUAAAAGGGAAUAUGAGAAGAUAGCAGAGAGAUAAAAUUUUCCCCAUUGCAGGACAGUGCACAGCCCCAAAUGCCUAGCCCACACCUUUUUUUGAGUGCUUUAUAAUUUUUUAAACAUCUAGAACUUACCAUCUUCAUCAAAACAUGUUGAUUAAAUCUUAUUUCAGAACAUUUUAUAGAGUUACCAAGACAGAGUCUAAAACAAGCCUUCUGAUAUUGAUAAAAUAAAAAAUAUUGAUAAAAUAUUCAACUAUAAUUGAAUGCCAGUAGAUGGCCUUGUAUAGAGUGAUGACUGUGAUGAGUUAGCUCCAGUUCCUCACAAAUGGAAGCAUAUGACUGGCAAAGGAACUGAGCUGGUCAUAGAAUGGGUGACAUCUCAGAUCCCAGCACUGGUCCCCACCAAAUGCAAGACUUCCAUGAAUUCCUUGUAGGACCCUCAGGAGAUUUUUUUUUUCCUGAGGCAGUUGGGGUUAAGUGACUUGCCCAGGGUCACACAGCGAGGAAAUGUUAAGUGUCUGAGGUCAGAUUUGAACUCAGGUCUUCCUGACUUCAGGGCUGGUGCUCUAUCCACUGCGCCACCUAGCUGACCCCUCAGUAGAUCCUUGAUGGAUGUUGCAUAGGAGAACAUGGAUGAUGAUCUCUUCAGAUAAGAAGGCAAAGCCAUUUUCUAUGUGUACCAAUGGAGGUAAUGCCCACUUGGUUAAGACCACAUAUACAUUUAAGGAUAGAUCACAGAAAGGUCAUAAGUUUUGAUGUGCAAAAAACCCUCAUUUUUAAGAGCCUUGUUUAGAUGCAUGUACAGCAAGAUGCUUCUGCUCUAGACAUAUUCCUCCUGUCUAACAUCCCCAUCCUGCCCCUUUUCUGGAUUCCUCCAUAUCUGGAGGCUUUCUUAGUGCAAACUUCCAUGCCCCCUGAUGUCUUCAACCAGGUCCUGUCUGCAACAUCCGAGAUAAAAAAAUCAAUCAGACUUACCUGAGCAAGAACUCACCCGUUCUAUGCCCUCACACAGAUUGUGAGCAGUCAUAGUGUGGAAGAUAGAACCCAGCCAUUUCUAUAUCAAAUGAUGAGGAAACUGUUCUAAGGCCCACGGGCAGCCCCUUCCUGCUACUACCUCUUGUGCUCUCCAGUAAGUGAGACACAGAUUUAUUCUUUGAUUUCAAGCCUUCUUUCCUUUUACCCUUGUUUCCUUAUGUCCCUUUCCUUCCUGCUUCACAUGCUUCAAGAUAGACCUUUUGUCUUCCUUUGUGUGAGUUAAAACAUAACUGGAAAUAAAGGCCUAUUGCUAUUAGCAUCACCA